AGCCGGGGGCCAGCCCGCUCGUGAUCCGGGGCUGGGACCACAAGGGGUCUCCCGUGGAGAGGGAGGGGUGGGCGUCCGGUGCCGACCCAGCGCGACGCCGGCCCUGCGCGGGCGCCCUGGUGCGGCCCGGUGACAGGUUCUUUAAUGGAGCAGCUGGCCUUCCUGCACACCUGGUUGCAUCUCAUGAUUUACAGACUUCAGCUCUGAAGCCAGUUCACCAUUCCCUCUGGUGCGGCACGGAGUAAUUCCACCUCGCGAUGCUGGACUUCCUGGCGGAGAACAACCUCUGUGGCCAGGCCAUCCUCAGGAUUGUGUCCUGUGGCAAUGCCAUCAUCGCCGAGCUUUUGAGGCUCUCAGAGUUUAUUCCUGCUGUGUUCAGGUUAAAAGACCGAGCUGAUCAACAGAAAUAUGGAGAUAUCAUAUUUGACUUCAGCUAUUUUAAGGGUCCAGAGUUAUGGGAAAGCAAGCUGGAAGCUAAGCCAGAGCUACAGGAUUUAGAUGAAGAAUUUCGUGAAAACAACAUAGAAAUUGUGACCAGAUUUUAUUUAGCAUUUCAAAGUGUGCAUAAAUAUAUUGUAGACUUAAACAGAUAUCUAGAUGAUCUCAAUGAAGGUGUUUACAUUCAGCAAACCUUAGAAACUGUGCUUCUCAAUGAAGAUGGAAAACAACUUCUAUGUGAAGCGCUGUACUUGUAUGGAGUUAUGUUGCUGGUCAUCGACCAAAAGAUUGAAGGCGAAGUCAGAGAGAGAAUGCUGGUUUCCUACUACAGAUACAGUGCUGCCCGGUCUUCUGCUGACUCAAAUAUGGAUGAUAUUUGUAAGCUGCUUCGAAGUACAGGUUACUCCAGCCAAGCAGGAGCCAAAAGACCACCCAACUACCCCGAGAGCUACUUCCAGAGAGUGCCUAUCAAUGAAUCCUUCAUCAGCAUGGUCAUAGGUCGACUAAGAUCUGACGAUAUUUAUAACCAGGUCUCUGCCUACCCUCUGCCGGAGCAUCGCAGCACAGCCCUGGCCACCCAAGCGGCCAUGCUCUACGUGAUUCUCUACUUCGAACCCUCCAUCCUUCACACCCACCAAGCGAAAAUGAGAGAGAUAGUGGAUAAAUACUUUCCAGAUAACUGGGUCAUUAGUAUUUACAUGGGAAUCACAGUUAACCUAGCAGAUGCUUGGGAGCCUUACAAAGCUGCAAAAACUGCUUUGAAUAAUACCCUGGACCUUUCGAACGUCAGAGAACAAGCAAGCAGAUAUGCAACAGUCAGUGAAAGAGUGCACGCUCAAGUACAGCAAUUUCUGAAGGAAGGUUACUUGAGGGAGGAGAUGGUUCUGGACAAUAUCCCGAGGCUUCUCAACUGCCUGAGAGACUGCAAUGUCGCCAUCCGGUGGCUGAUGCUCCAUACAGCAGAAUCAGCCUGUGACCCAAACAACAAGCGUCUUCGUCAAAUCAAGGACCAGAUUCUAACAGAUUCUAGGUACAAUCCCAAGAUCCUCUUUCAACUGCUCUUGGAUACUGCACAGUUUGAGUUUAUCCUCAAAGAGAUGUUCAAGCAAAUGCUUUCAGAGAAGCAAGCCAAGUGGGAGCAUCACAAGAAGGAAGGCUCAGAGCGGAUGACCGAGCUGGCUGACGUCUUCUCAGGAGUGAAGCCUCUCACCCGAGUGGAGAAAAAUGAAAAUCUUCAAGCUUGGUUCAGAGAGAUCUCAAAACAAAUUCUGUCUUUAAAUUAUGAUGAUUCAACUGCUGCAGGCAGGAAAACUGUGCAGCUCAUCCAAGCUUUGGAGGAGGUUCAGGAAUUUCACCAGCUGGAAUCAAAUCUGCAAGUAUGUCAGUUUCUUGCUGAUACCCGCAAGUUUCUCCACCAAAUGAUCCGAACCAUCAACAUCAAAGAGGAGGUCCUCAUCACUGUGCAGAUCGUGGGGGACCUCUCUUUUGCUUGGCAGUUAAUUGACAGCUUCACAUCUAUCAUGCAGGAGAGCGUCCGAGCCAGUCCCUCCAUGGUGACUAAACUCAGAGCCACGUUCCUGAAGCUUGCCUCUGCUCUGGAUCUUCCUCUUCUUCGUAUUAACCAAGCAAAUAGCCCUGACCUCCUCAGCGUCUCUCAGUAUUAUUCUGGUGAAUUGGUGUCCUAUGUCAGAAAGGUUUUGCAGAUCAUUCCAGAAAGCAUGUUUACGUCUCUCCUAAAGAUCAUAAAGCUUCAGACCCACGAUAUCAUUGAAGUGCCAACCCGCCUGGACAAGGACAAGCUGAGGGACUACGCCCAGCUGGGCCCACGAUAUGAGGUGGCCAAGCUUACUCACGCGAUCUCCAUUUUCACUGAAGGCAUCUUAAUGAUGAAAACCACCCUGGUUGGCAUCAUCAAGGUGGAUCCCAAGCAGCUGCUGGAAGAUGGAAUCAGGAAGGAGCUAGUUAAGCGUGUUGCUUUUGCUCUUCACAGGGGAUUGAUCUUCAACCCCAGAGCCAAGCCCAGCGAACUGAUGCCCAAGCUGAAAGAUCUGGGAGCCACCAUGGAUGGCUUCCAUCGUUCUUUUGAAUACAUACAGGACUAUGUCAACAUCUACGGCCUGAAGAUUUGGCAAGAAGAAGUAUCUCGUAUUAUAAAUUAUAACGUAGAGCAAGAGUGCAAUAACUUCUUAAGAACAAAGAUUCAGGACUGGCAAAGUAUGUACCAGUCCACCCAUAUUCCGAUACCAAAGUUUACCCCUGUGGACGAGUCCGUAACAUUUAUUGGUCGACUCUGCAGAGAAAUCUUGAGGAUCACAGACCCAAAAAUGACAUGUCACAUUGACCAGCUGAACACUUGGUAUGACAUGAAAACUCAUCAAGAAGUUACCAGCAGUCGCCUCUUCUCAGAAAUCCAGACUACCUUGGGGACAUUCGGGCUGAAUGGCUUAGACAGACUUCUGUGCUUUAUGAUUGUCAAGGAGUUACAGAAUUUCCUGAGUAUGUUUCAGAAAAUUAUCCUUAGAGACAGAGCUGUGCAAGAUACCUUAAAAACCCUCAUGAACGCUGUCAGCCCCCUAAAAGGUAUUGUAGCAAAUUCGAAUAAAAUUUAUUUUUCCGCCAUUGCCAAAACACAGAAGGUUUGGACAGCUUACCUCGAGGCUAUAAUGAAGGUUGGGCAGAUGCAGAUUCUGAGACAGCAGAUCGCCAACGAAUUAAACUACUCCUGUCGGUUUGACUCCAAACAUCUGGCAGCUGCUCUGGAGAAUCUCAAUAAGGCUCUCCUAGCAGACAUUGAAGCCCAUUAUCAGGACCCUACACUUCCUUACCCCAAAGAAGAUAACACGCUCUUGUAUGAAAUCACAGCCUACCUGGAGGCAGCUGGCAUUCACAACCCACUGAACAAGAUCUACAUAACAACAAAGCGAUUACCCUACUUUCCAGUUGUCAACUUCCUAUUUUUGAUCGCCCAGUUGCCAAAACUCCAGUACAACAAAAACCUAGGAAUGGUCUGCCGAAAACCCGCCGACCCUGUGGACUGGCCGCCCCUUGUCCUUGGCCUGCUCACCCUGCUGAAGCAGUUCCACUCCCGGUACACGGAGCAGUUCCUGGCGCUGAUCGGCCAAUUUAUCCGCUCCACAGUGGAGCAGUGUACGAGCCAGAAGAUACCUGAAAUGCCUGCAGAUGUUGUGGGUGCCCUUCUGUUCCUGGAGGAUUAUGUUCGGUACACAAAGCUGCCCAGGAGGGUUGCUGAAGCACAUGUGCCUAAUUUCAUUUUUGAUGAGUUCAGAACAGUCCUGUAAUGUGUUUUGACUUCUGCUUCUCCGAUCAAAGGAUGAUCCUUAAAUCUUCCCACUAUUACCAAAAUGAAUUGAGAUGCAAAGAAACCCAACUGCUUUUAGAAGUGCAUUUUCUCCUUUAUUGUGGGAAACAUCAAACAUCCUGAGUAAGAUGUACCUCCCUGCACUGGCUAACAUUGUUUAAAUCAUGGUAUUAUAUGCAAUUUAUAUCAUGUAGAAGCAGAACCAUUUUUGUACUCCCUCUUAUAAAUGCUGAAUGUAAUUUUUAUGUAUAAACCCUCUUUUUUGUUCUAAAGAACUAUUUGUGCAACUUCAGAUUUUCAGUAAAAUAGUGUUGCCAGUA